AUGUCUAAGAAUACUCAAUUAACCAAUUUUGAAAAAGGUCAAAUUAUUGGAAUAUAUAACGUUGGAUCUACUUUAACUUCUAUUGCUAUAGCAAUAAACUGUACACGAUCUACAGUAUUCAAUUUCUUAAACCGGGUCGAAGAACAAGGAAAUACUGAAACUGCUUUACGCCCAGGAAGACCAUCAAUAAUAACUAAUGAAGACGAACAAAAUCUUAUUAACACAACAAUUAAUGAUAGGAAUUUGUCUCUUCAUAAAAUCUUAAGUACUAAUGGAAUUAAUGUUUUACGAAUAUAUAACGCUCAUAUAAACUGGAGUGUAAGUGAUUGGCAAAAGAUUAUUUUUAGUGAUGAAUCAUCGGUUGAGAUUGGCAGAAGUGAAAGAAAAAGUAUUAUGGUAUGGGGAUGUUUUGCAGGAGGAGAAAAAGGACCGUUGGUUUUUAUGAAAGAAAAGAAUAGUAGUAGUGCAAUUAAUUCGCGAAGAUAUAUAGAAGUAUUGAAAGAAAAUUUGAUACCAUUUUGGUGUGAAUUAAUUGCAAACUUUGGUAAUGAUAUAACCUUCCAAGAUGAUAAUGCUCCAAUUCAUAUGGCAAGGUAUACUCAAGAAUGGAUGAAAGGUGAAAAUAUCCAACGUCUUCCAUGGCCAGCGCAAUCACCUGACUUAAAUCCAAUCGAAAAUGUGUGA